AUGCAUGAUAUUCGAGCUUCAACUUAUGGUAAUUAGAACAAUAAGACAACAUCUGUAAUUCCUUUAUCUGAAUUUAGAAGGAUGAGAAAUAACAGUUGUGAAAUCUAAGAUAAUAAUACCAUGAAUGAGAAAUAAGAAUUGUAAUACUAAAUAUAUUAAUAAUAAGACAUGCUAAAUCAUAAGAGAGAAUCAAAAAAUGGCCUUGUGCAAUGAAUAUAAGAAGAAGGAAAAAUUAAUCAUAAUUUGAGAGAUUUGCAGAAGAUGAAGAAGAACGAAGAAGAAUUGAAAAAGAAGAGGAUGAAUACUAAUAGAAAUAAAAAUAAGCUGUAUUAUUAAGAGCAAAUAGAUUAAUUUAUGAGAAUAAUCCUGUUAUAAGAUAAUUUUAAUAGAAAUUGUUGUUUUCAGAUGUUUUACAAGAAAGAGAUUCUUAACUACAAUUAAAUGAAUACAAAAAAACUAUCAACAAGUAAACUUAUCAUUUAAUAUUUAAAGUGUAAAAGAAAAGAUUCAUUAAGAAGAACAGUUAGAGAUGAUGGUUAAUUUUGAUUAAGCAUAAUAAUUAAAAGAGGAAUUAUUAAAACGCAAAAAACAAGAAUAAAAAAUUGUACUCAAAUAAUAACAUGAUGAAAUGAUAAAUAAUCAUAUUAAACAAAUUUAAAAUGAAAAAAUUGAAGGUUAAUUAAAUAAAGCAAAAGCUUUGAAAUUAAUUUAAGAGGAAGAGGAAGCUGAAAAAGAAAGAAAAAGAAAAAGAUAUGAAAAUAUGUUGGAAAUUAAGAAGGGUAAUGAAGAAAUUAAAGAGUUUAAAUUAUAAUAAUUAUAAAAAGAGAAAGAAUAGGAUGAAUAAAUUAAGUUAUAUGCAGAAAAAAAAGAUAGGAUAUUACAAAUGAGAAAAUAAAGAGAAGAAUUUAAAUUUAGAGAAAAAUAAGAAUAAAGAUAAAAGUUAAUUGAUACCUAAAUUUUAAUUCUAAUGAAAAAAGAGGCUGAACAAUAAUCUUUGAUUCAUAAAUAAAUUAAAGAAGUAGAAUAAAAGGAUGAAGAAGCAGAAAGAUAGAAGUAGAUUAAAUAAGAAGUUUAAAAGAAAAAGAUUGAAGAAAGCCGAAAUAUUAUUAAAGAAUUUAAACUUAAAGAUAAAAUGAUUAAGGAUUAAAAUGAUUAAGAAUUUCAAUAAUAUUGGAAAUUAAGAGGGGAAGAAUUGAAAAAGUUAGAACAAGAAGAUUUAAAUAAUUAAAGAAAACGAAAUUAAUCUGUUAAAGAAUAUUAAUUAUAACAAAUUGAAUUUAAAUAAGUAAUAUCUUAAAUAUAUUUAUAGAAAAUAAAAGAAUAAUAAAUACUUUAAGAUCUUUAAGAUGAUGAGUAGUUGAAAAGAUAAAGAAUUAUUGAAAAUAAGACAUUUUUCACUUGGGCCGAAAGAGCAGUUAAAGAAUGGGCUGAUUAAGGAAAAAAUAUUCGACCUUUAAUCAAAGAAUUGGCUAAAAUAAAAGAUGUUUGA